AUGUUGGAAUUGUUGGUCGGAAAGGCCGACGACGUGACUCAGAGCCUUACCUGCCCCGGCCGGCCGCUCUUUCCUUUCGGAGCCGUGCCGGCGUCGCGUCCCGGCACUUCCAAAACCAACAAUCCACAAAAAAAACCACAUAAUGCACAAUCGUUUUUGUUCUGGUGGUACGGUAGGUGCUGGUCUGUUCGAAUCGCACCAUCCGAAUGGCAAAAAUGGUGGUGA